AAUGUCCUCUAUUAACGUUUGACACUUCUGCCAAGACAUCCUGUACAUAUAUAUAUAUAUAUAUAUAUAUAUAUAUAUAUAUAUACAUAUACACAUGUCGAGAGUAUAACUAUUAAAUAUCCUACCUAUGGUAUUGUUAAAUAGUAUAAUGGAAAGAGACGCGAGAUAUGAUGUCGAUAGAUCCGAACGAGUUAAAAGCGCGUUCUUUUAUAUGAACGAAUAAAAACUAUUCGUCUUGUACAUUGACUCGUUUACCUAAUUAAGUACGCUCCUUAAGUUUUUAAGAUCGGUGUUACUUAUCUUCAAGAACGAGAGAAUCGCAACUAAGCGAUUUCUCCUGACGUAAUCCGAGGGUAAUAAAGUGUGUCAAUGCCCUAAUACGUCUUGCAUAUAAAUAACUUCACUGAAGCUUUUAACGUCGUUGUAAGCUGAAGACGCGGUCAUUGUCCACUUACAUAUCAAAUUAAUAAUUUUUGUUAUUUUAUUAAUUUGAAAAAAACCUACGUGAUUAAAAGAAUGAUUCCAGUCUCUCUUUUUCUCUCUCACCUAUAUAAAAGGUGACUUAACAUGAAUGCUAUUUGAUUAUCCAACUUUUGCCGAAGCAGGCAGAAGAAAGUGAAACUUUCGACUUAGUUUUUUUUUUCCAUCCAACAAGAAUUGCCGCGCAAAAUGACAAGGUAUCUGAUUAUUCUGGCAUUGGUGACAGUGGUUCUUGCAGCUGAAAAAUAUUCUAGCAAGUACGACGACGUUGAUGUGGAUAAAAUUCUUCGGAACGAUCGCGUCCUUACCAAUUAUAUUCGAUGUAUGCUCGACGAGGGUUCCUGCACCGCGGAAGGUCGUGAAUUGAAGAAAAUUCUACCUGAUGCACUUGCUACAGAUUGUACUAAAUGCAACGAGAAGCAAAAGGUUACAGCUGAAAAAGUUAUUAAUCAUCUUAAGACAAAAAGAUCGAAAGAUUGGGAUCGCCUAAUCACUAAAUAUGAUCCACGAGGUGAAUAUAAGCAACGUUUUGAAAAUCUGCCCAACAACAAGAAAGUUUAAGUAAGAAAUACGUCGGAUGAAACAGUAAGAAGAACGAUUACGCUAUUUCUGAGAAAAUAAUAGUAAAAGCAAUCAUUUAGGAGUAAUAAUAUAUA